UUAUGAAAAGUUGUAUGUAAAGAUGGUAGAAACAUUCGAAACAGAACUAUGGACAUGAUUCAAUGGUUAACUUAUUUCCUAAAUGAAUGAGAAAGGAAACAGGUUGCUGCAAGCUUCUGCUCUCACUUCCGUAUGAGAGAAGGCACAGACGCUGUUCCAGAAAGAACGGGGCCAUUGUGCACUUUCAUCUCAGGCAGUCAUGGGUAACUGGGUGGAGAAUGAAGGACUGUCCAUCUUCGUUGUUCUUGUGUGGCUGGGCUUAAAUGUCUUCCUCUUUUGGUGGUACUACCUUGUAUAUGACGUCCCACCAAAAUUCUUCUACACCAGAGUACUCCUAGGUCGUGCUUUGGCUCUGGCAAGGGCCCCUGCAGCUUGCCUGAAUUUCAAUUGCAUGCUGAUUCUUCUGCCAGUAUGUCGAAACUUGCUCUCCUUCCUCAGAGGAUCAAGUGCGUGCUGUUCUACCCGUAUAAGACGACAGUUGGACAGGAACCUCACCUUUCACAAAAUGGUGGCAUGGAUGAUUGCCCUUCAUACAGCGAUUCACACCAUCGCACACUUAUUCAAUGUAGAGUGGAGUGUGCAAGCCCGCAUUGAAGAGAAAGAAACUCUGGCAGCUGUGCUUUCAGGCCUUGGUGAUAACCCACAUGAAAGCUAUGUCAACUUUUAUAGAAAAACUAUUGGGAAUCCUGUGGGGGGCCUAUAUGUGGCUUUCACCUACUUGGCUGGUCUGACUGGAGUUAUCAUCACGCUGGCCCUCAUACUAAUCAUCACAUCAUCCACCAAAACCAUCCGGAGGUCAUAUUUUGAAGUGUUUUGGUACACCCACCAUCUCUUUGUCAUCUUCUUUAUUGGCCUUGUCAUCCAUGGUGCUGGGCGUAUUGUACGGGGGCAGACAGCUGAGAGUCUGGCUGAACAUGAUCCAGUGAUUUGCUACAAAAACUUCACUCACUGGGGAGAGAAAGGGGCUUGCCCAGUCCCCCAAUUUUCAGGGAAUCCUCCUAUGACAUGGAAGUGGGUAGUAGGUCCCAUGUUCUUGUACCUGUGUGAGAGGUUGGUGCGGUUUUGGAGGUCACAGCAGAAGGUUGUUAUCACAAAGGUGGUCAUUCACCCCUUCAAAACAAUUGAGCUCCAGAUGAUGAAAAAGGGCUUCAGAAUGGAGGUUGGGCAAUACAUUUUUGUCAAGUGUCCAGCAGUGUCUAAACUGGAAUGGCAUCCAUUUACAUUAACUUCUGCUCCAGAAGAGGAUUACUUCAGCAUUCAUGUCCGUAUUGUAGGGGACUGGACAGAGGGCUUGUUCAAUGCCUGUGGAUGUGAUAAGCAAGAAUUCCAAGAUGCAUGGAAGUUGCCCAAAAUAGCUGUGGAUGGCCCCUUUGGAACAGCAAGUGAGGAUGUAUUUAGUUAUGAAACUGUUAUGCUUGUUGGAGCUGGAAUAGGGGUCACUCCCUUUGCAUCUGUACUCAAGUCUGUCUGGUACAAAUACUGCCAUGAUGCAACCAACUUAAAACUCAAAAAGAUCUAUUUUUACUGGCUUUGCAGGGACACUCAAGCCUUUGAAUGGUUUGCUGACCUCUUGCAAUCUCUGGAGGCUCAAAUGCAAGAAAGGAAUAAUGCAGAGUUUCUCAGCUAUAACAUCUACCUUACAGGCUGGGAUGAAUCUCAGGCCACUCAUUUCGCAGUGCAUCAUGAAGAAGAGAAAGAUGUGAUUACAGGCCUUAAACAGAAAACCUUGUAUGGAAGACCUAACUGGGAAAACGAGUUCAAAACUAUUGCAGGGCAGCAUCCUGGCUCCAGAAUAGGUGUUUUCCUCUGUGGACCCGAGGGCCUAGCCGACACACUCAACAAGCAGAGCAUCAGCAAUUCAGAAGCUGACCCACGAGGAGUACACUUCAUUUUUAACAAAGAAAAUUUCUAACUCCCCAGCACAUGGGAGUCAUUCCAUACAAAGACUGGAUCUCUUUUUCUGUUUGGAGUCUGGGAAGGACAGACCAGCUUCUAGUCUCAGCUACACUAACGCAAACCCCUUUGCUUCUUUGGAAUUAUUUUGGCCCUGUGCUAGAGUAAGCAAGUCAAGUUUUACCUUAGGGAAGUAUGCACUGCCCUCCAGGUGCUGCCAGUUUAGCAGAAAUCUAUUUUCUUUGUCUGUGUGUGGGAAUUUUCCGUCAAUUAACUGCUUUUAUCCUCCUGUUAUUCAUAAUGACUGUGAAGGGUCUAGGAGGCUAUAUGCAUUUGUGAGCCAGUUCACAAUGAUAAAGCUUAGUGCUAUUAAACAAUAAAGCUUUCUAGCAUAAUGCUUGCUAUUAGGAGACAGCUUACACUGGCUAGGCCAGUCCAUGGAACAAGGAGGGGUUAGGGAAGGGUAACUGGGAAAGACUGUUCCUUCGAAGAGGAAAUCUCCUUUCAGCACCAGCAUCUUUUCAGGCAUCCAAAUACAACCAUAAACAUCUUGUCCAAGAGAUGAUAGCACAGGUAGCUGAAAAGCAGCCAUUCCUCUUUAGGAAAGCAGAGAACUGAAAGAAAUGACCUGGAUUUCUGAAUGCCAUCCUCACCCUAGCUGUCGGGAGAAAACAAGGACAGUCAAACCAAGUCCCACACCCAGUGCUUGAGCCAUCACUCCACUGCUUUGAACACUCUCAGUUUCACAUCUUCAAAUUCACAGCUCAGUGAUCCAAGAGGUUUUUUUUUUAUUUUCAAGACUGCCAUUUCUGAUUUUCAAGUUUAAAAAAAAAUUGUUGCUGAAUGAUUUAAUGGGUAUUUUCUGAAGCAGCCCUAAGUGCAUACAGUGCUUUUGGCCCUACUGUUCAGCUGUUCCUCUUUGAUGGUGAAACAGGUUUAAGAAAGUAAAGAUCAUGUGGACAGUAUCUAGAAUAGCUUUAAUAAAGUUCCCAGUGCGUACAAGACACGCACGCACAGUACUUCUGUAUGUACAUUACAGGUAGCACGUUCUUAAAAAAAAAAAGGAACUGAAACUUUUAAUACCAGCAGCAGAGAAAAGAAAAAGCAUUAAAACCAGCAGCAUAUAAAAAAAUAUGAAAAACGAGUGCAAGAAGUUUUGGAAAAGCCACAGGCUAGUACAGCAUGGGUCUCCUGUUCAGCCCAGUCACCUGCUUGCUGCCUUUUAAACUCUGCAGCCAAGCCCUUUGAGAGCUCCUACACGGCACGAGGCCUUGCUGAUAGGUUCCUGCAGUCAGAAGAAAGUGGUGGCCUCCUCCUGCAAUUUCAGACAGGUUUCUGUAGCCAUCUGGUUGCACGUAGCAUAUUUUACACCUCAGCUUGCCAGACAGGGUGUGGUCUCCUUCUACAUGAUUUUUAAAUGCAACUUCAGAAGAACUGCUUGCUGGUUUGGGUUUAUUAACAUAAGUUUCUGUGAAGAGUUAAACGACACAAUAAAUUAUGCCAACAUCUGAAGGGGAGGAAGCCAUAGUUGGUGAAUGCUAGCAAAGAUCAACUCUUGGCGGGAAAUAUUUCGGUUCUUUCCCUCAGAAGGCCCAUAUUUAAAUUUGCAUAAUUCCAUUUGAAACAUGCCUAUUAAAUCUGAUUAUAGAUUAAGCAGAAUUACAGAAACUUCUUCUGCAGAAUAAAAAGCACACUACUGAAACAUAAUAAGGUUCUCAUCCUUUGCAGAGAGCAUUGAAAUAUUUGCCUUUGAUUUUAAUGGAAAUACAAUAAGACUUCUAUGCUAUUAGAAAGGGGGCAAAGAGGAAUUGCAAGGGGUCUAAUGGAGGUAGCAUAUUUAUAAUGUGAAGAGUCUUGAAGAGUGUGUAUUUUAAUCCAUUCAUUAAUUUUCUAAACAUUGCCACAUUUGUUCUUAAAGUUCCAGGAAUCUUUCCUUACUCAACCAGCUGUAAUGAUAUUCUCUGACAUUCCCACUUACUUCAGGGGCUGUUUGUCACCUCAAACACAAAAAAGAGGAAUUCUGUGCUUAUUACUAAACUACUGUCUUCCUAAAGCAUAUAAAAGAAUAAGCAGGUGAGCGCUUCUCAGUUUCCUUCAAAGGUGUUUUGCAAAAAUAGUAAGCAGUGCAUUAUCAAUCAUGGUCAGAAUAUAAAGAUUUUUUAAAAAAAUCUAGGAUACACAAGUGAAACGGAGAGCACUGGAAUACAAAAGUAAAAGACUAACUAGCUUGAAUCCUUCCCACUCUUCAGCAAGGAUCAGAGAGAUGUCAGUGGUACUGUUUUAAGUCAAUGCUGCUGUCUUCUUGGGU